CUUUUUUUUCCCUUGCAUGAGCCUAAAGAAAGAAUCUGAAGUGACUGAAAGAAAAACCUCAACAAGUUCAGUGGAUAUUUUUGUUACAAAUGGAGUCUACAGUGUCUGCAACCAUCUUCACCACUUUCCCAAAAGAUACAAUUACACCAAACAUUACCAACACAACUCAAGGUCCCUGUGAACCUACAGAGGUCUCAGCCCACCCUGCUUUCAUGUAUGCAUACUCACUAGUCUUUCUCGUCAGUCUGGUGCUUAACUGCAUCACAAUGCGGGUUUAUUUCUGUUCCAGUCAGCGUGUUCAGUCCAGCGUCAUGGUCUACAUGAGGAACCUGGUUGCAGCUGAUUUCUUCCUUUGUCUUUGUUUACCUUUGCGCAUUGUUCACAAUGCUACCUAUUCCAGAACAAUACGCAACAUUUACUGCAGCUUUGGAGCAUCAGCAUUCUAUAUAAACAUGUAUGCAAGCAUUCUCUUCAUGGACUUUAUUGCUGUGAACAGGUACCUGAAGAUUGUCCAGCCAUUGGAGACUCAUGCUCUGCAGACGCUUCGUACCGCUCGCCAAAUUUCCAUAGGAACUUGGAUUUCCUUGUUAGCCAUGUCUUCCGUCUACUUGAUCCUCUUUCUUCAGACCUCCUCGGAUCAUGAUCAAAAUGUUAACUGUGAGUCCCUGCACAGUCACAAGCUCAGUGUUGUCUACAAAAUCAUCCACUGCAUGUCAUUUGCAGUCUUCGCAUUUGUGCUAGUGUCUCUGGUUUUUCUUUAUUGGAAGACUCUGCAAAAGAUUCAACAAGCCCAGUUGUCCACACAGACUGUAUCCAGCCACCAUAAGUUUAACAAGUCUAAGCGCAACAUACUAGUUCUAGUGGUAGUUUUCUGUGUAUGUUUUGUGCCUUAUCACCUGGUGAGACUGCCUUACGUGUUCAGCAGCAACUGUACAUUUAACACCCUGAAAGAGCUGACUAUCCUGCUUUCAGUUCUAAAUGUCUGUUUUGAUCCUCUAAUAUAUUUUAUGUUCUGCAAGGCCUUUAGAGAGCAGCUAAGGAAGAAAGAUUUGCAAAGAUCCAGUGAAGAUAAAACAUGAAACACGUGUAAUGUCACAGUUAUGUUUGGUUUUGUAUUUUCUCUCACUGUUGAAGUCUUGCUUGCCUGAGUCAGUAAUUUGCCACCAUAGUUGAUUUCUUUAUUCUUCUGAGCUGAAUGUCAUUAGUUACCCUUAUUUAUCUUAGUAUUUAAGUUGCUGUGUUUUCACAUCACUUUGGUCCAGUCAAAUCAAUGUAGACAUCAGUUUCUAUAUGUUAAGGUUGUGUUUUGUUGAACUGCAUUCUUCGGAUUCACCUUUAUUGGAUAAUUAAAGACU